GGGGGAGGAGCUCGAGACCACUGGCGACCCCCAUCACCGGCGAGGACCACGACGUAUUCACUUCUUGGUUACCACAUCCUCUCUCUCUCUCUCUCCCUCUCUCUCCUUGUUUCUUACCGGCGCCGUACAGCUCUCGCGGCCAACCACCAACGUGCACGACUUCAACUUCCAUCGUUGCCUACCUUCACUAGUUGCAUCAUGAAGAUUGAUUUUGAACGCCAGUCUAUCGAGAACAGCCGUGAGCGCCUUUCCCCCCAACAAAGGGCAGCAUUCUUUCAGAGAAUGAAGGGGGUGGUUGUACUAAUUGAGACAGUAACAGAUGACGGUGAGAUAAAACAUGGUACGGGGUUUUUUUUCAACUCCAACGGGCUUAUCCUGACAGCUGGACAUAAUGUUCCAGAAAAUUGGAAUGCAGUUUGUUUCUGGGGAGUUGAUGAUGAUAGUCAGAAUGAUAAGGAAGCCAAUGUAGUUUAUGCAAAGUAUGACAUUGAUUUAGCUAUCUUGAAGCCAAAAAAAGAAUAUCAUCCUGAUUUUGCAACUUUCAGCGAGGGGCCUCUUCACAUCGGAACAGAAGUCUUUUUAAUUGGUCAUCCUAGGGAUUUGAUGUUUUCCUACAUGGUCGGUGAGGUAGCUUUUGAGGACUAUAGGCUUUAUCGGGAUAUCUACAAGGGAUUUGAGGAUGAGCUGUUCAAUUUAAAGGGAGACUUGAGAGUAGUGCAAAUAAACAACUCUCAUGGUUCAACCGGUUUAUCCGGAGGCCCAGUUUUUGAUUCCCAAGGUAAAGUCGUUGGUGUCAUUGCACUCACAUUGGAUGGCUUUGAUUUCGCCAUUCACUUCACCACCUUAAAACAGUUCUGUGAACCGUACUAUGAAGCACAACAUCCUGGGGCUGAGUCUCAAAAAGGGAAGAACAAGAAAGGGUCUCGAGAAAGACAGAACACGAAAGGAUCUAAAAGGAGAAAGAAAAAAUGAUCUGGUAUUUUUGGUAUGAUAUUUAAUUUGGUAGGGAACAAUUGUAAUUGAAGUGCAUCUAUGUUAGUUGCUACAAGGCCCCUCUAUGUUAAGUUUCUUUUCUAGACAUUGCACCAUGGUUUUACCGGUCUUUCUUCUAUUUUGUUCCGAUAUGAUAUCCGUUUUAUGUAGUCUUUUGGUGCAAUCUUUUACAAUCAAAUGUUAACUAUUUCCUUUUGUUA